GGAAGCUCGUAGUGGAUAAAUAUAAAAAUAUUCUGACAACACCAACAGCACGGUAUGGAGACAUAAAGUGAAACGAUGGAAUAUUUAAUUAAAAAUGUACUCAGUGAUAUUGUAUGACGAUGAACAGCUGAGUCAUAUGAAGUGAACAUAAAUUGUGAUUCAAAACUAAAACAGAAGAAUAAAAAGCAAAAAUUAUUUGUCUCAAAUUUAAUAAUAGGAAAAUCUUCUUGAAAGUUUAUUAAAAGUGCUUCAAGCAAAAAAGAAAUAAAAAGAAAAAACACAAAGAAAGUGUUGAAACAUGAGCUCAACAAGAUUAAUCACAAAUAAAUUAUGUAAAAAAGUUCACACAGUGUUGUUCAUUCUUCUCUAUGGAUUAUUUUCAACGCACGCCGCCAUAUCAAACAGAAACACAAAGUCAUUAGGUAAUAAAUCACUAGCAACGACAUCAUCAACAUCACAGCCCAGAUUUAUCUCACAAGGACACACAUAUAGGGCCGUUGUAGGGGAGACUUUAACAUUGCCUUGCGAAGUAGAAAAUUUAGGUUCUCUCGUUCUUCUUUGGCGACGUGGCACAAACGUCUUAACUGCUUCGACUCUCAAAGUGACAACUGAUGAACGAAUAAGACUUGUUAACGGUUACAACUUGGAGAUAACAGAGCUCGAGCCACAAGAUGCAGGUGACUAUGUCUGCCAGAUCAGUGAUAAAGUCAACAGGGAUCAAACUCAUACUGUUGAAAUUCUGGUUCCGCCAAGUGUCAGAGCAGUGCCGUCAAGCGGUCAGAUAACAGCAAGGAAAGGUGGAGCUGUCACAUUAGAGUGUAAGGCAUCAGGGAAUCCAGUUCCAUCAAUAUAUUGGACAAAAAAGAGUGGAUCGGGAAAAUCACUGGCACGUAUUGGAGAGGGACCGAUACUAACACUGGAAAAAGUUGAAAGGUUACAAUCGGGUGUUUACCAAUGCACAGCUGAGAACAAUGUUGGUGAACCAGUGACUGUUGACAUGCGACUCGACGUGCUUUAUCCACCGGAAAUUUCUGUGGAAAAGUCUUGGAUACAUUCGGGUGAAGGCUUCGAAGCGCAACUUGUUUGUAUCGUUCAUGCGGAUCCGCAACCAACGGUCUCAUGGUUCCAAAACUCAUUUCCACUACAGCCUACCGACAGACGGAUUAUGUCAUCACGUGGCAACCGUCACUCAUUAAAUAUUCGUCACGUCAUGCAAGAGGAUUUUGGAAAUUACAGUUGCGUUGCUGACAAUUCUCUUGGACGUUCUAAGAAAUAUAUGGAAGUUUCUGGUCGUCCAGGCCCUGCCGAAUUUCACUCUGCACCAUGGAGCAAAUCUCCCGACAGCUACAAUCUUACAUGGAAGGUUGACAGCUAUCCACCAUUGCAGGAAGUGAGAUUACUUUACAGAAAAUUAAUGAUGAAUGAAACGUUCCAACAACCAGCACGUUGGCAUGAUGUUAUCUUGACGCCAUCAUCUCGUCCACUGAACGAACCAUUGACACACGCCAUGUCUUUCACACUGAGAGGUCUACAAUCGGGAUCUGUUUACGAAGCUAUUGUUCAAGCUAAAAAUCGAUAUGGUUGGAAUGAAGUUAGUGAUAUAUUUCAAUUCUACACACAACGCAACCCAUUGGAUCCCCGUGUCGAGGAGUUGGAAUUUGUUGCCAGUUCAACAUCGCGCAAUAAAUCCCAUAAUCAGAUAUCGUCCUAUCGACCAAUUCUCUUAUUGUUUCCUUUUCUUUUAGUUUUGCAAUUAAAUUUGCAUAAGUGGCACUAGUGCUCCAUGCUUCGAAAUUUACAUUUUACAGUGAAAAUAGAUUAAAGCAGCAGCGAAAAGUUUUAUAAGAUAAUGUUUCUAUUUCUACUCCCACACACCACCUCACCCCCUCUCUCCAUCUCUUUUCUCUCUCUCUCUCUCGCACUUGAUUUUUUUUCCGUGAAAAGAGAGAUGGAAAAUUUAAGAAAAUGAAUUGAAGAAUGUGAAAAUAUGUGAAAUAAAUUUUCACAGAAAAAGGUGCAAGGACCGAGAAUAGUUUUCCAAUGUUGAAGCACAGUGGAAGACAACGAGGUAGGAAAGAAAAGUUGUAAAUAUAUCUUUAAAUCAGAGAUAAGUAAGGCAUAAGAGAAAAGAUCUUUUUUCUACCUUUCUACUUUAUUAUUUUCUUCUUUUUUUCUCGUUUUCGUAUCUUUCUAUUAUCUAAAGCAAUCAUAGAGAUAAAAAUCGUUUUCCUUCUAUCAUAAGAAACCUACAAUGUUAGAUGAUAUCUGUUGAUUUCAAAAUGGAAUAAUUUAAUGUACAACUUUCACUUGAGAAACCAUUAAAAGUGUCAAUGAUUGAAGAUGACAACUUGACAUGAUUUGACACUUGGAAUGAAAACUUCUUUCUCAUUCUUUCUUUUCAUCACGUAAGCAUGAAAUCGAUGAGAAUUGAAAAUGUUGAGUGUUCUCAUUAAUAAAAAUUUCCAUCAGCUUUAAUCCCUUUUGAAUAAUAAUUUUGUACAUGAAAUUCAGAUUUUCUACCAUUAUUUUAUAGUUUGAAGUGCAUUCAUGCAUAAAAAAAAUCUUGAAGCAUCCUUAUCGUCAGUUUCGUUCAGAAAAUUUCCAAAAGUUUUUAACAUUAACAUUAUGGUGGUAGCUAAAUGCACAGUGAUGAGAUGAUAUUGUUGUCUGGUGUUGUAAACGAAAUCUUUUGUCUUUCGAGACUUGCUUUUUGCUUCAACUGGUUUGUUUGGAUGGAAAGUUCAUUCGAAUGAGAAUAUUUACGCUGACAAUUUCAUUUCAAAAAGAGAAAGGAAAACUUCUAUCAUCACCCUGCACGAGACUCGCCCAUAAUUUUGAUACAAGAAACCAAAGUUUCCGUUUACGAAAUAGCGGAACUCAUGCAUGGUAAAAGCUCCAUAAUUUAUUCAAAUUGAAAACAAGAUUCGAGGGAAAUAAGAGUGUACAUGCAAUGAUAUUAGAUUGUUCCGAAAAGAUCAAAAAUUAUUCGAAGAUGAAAAGUUUCUCUUCUUCUUUCAUUCUUUUUUUUGGUAAACUUUUUCAAUUUGUUUUCUUCUCAAAAAUUUCUUUUUUUUCUUCUACUUUGCUGGUGCUUUCUGGCAGUCUUUAUGAAAAGUAUAUUAUUCUAUGAUUUACUUUGAAGCGGAACAGUAAAAGAGAAAAAGCUUCGCAUAAAGUUUGUGAGUAUAGAAAAAGUUUUUUUUGUAUUUCUACAGCUGGAGUUGUCAGGACUUUUUUUCUUCUUUAUUUUGUGUACCUACGAAGUAAGAAUUGAAAAAGAUUCGCUUUUCAUCUCCGAAGACGAAUCUAAUUUUCACCUUUGAAAUUUUAAAAAGAAAAUGAAAAGAAAA